AUGACUAAAACGACGUAUAUGAGGAAAAAGCAGCAUAGGAGGGGAAGGGUUGGAAAGGACAGGUCAGCGCUUCAGGGGCUUGCAGGAUAUUCAGGGCAUUCAGAUGAAGGGACUAAGGGACUGAAGAUUAGGGCGGCAAGGGAACUUUCCCGAACAAAUAAAAAAAAAACUCCAAAACCCCAAAAAACAUACAACAGCAGGGAUUCGCUGGUGGUCACCCACCCAACUACUAACCUGCCGGCGUGUGGCUUAAGUACGGCUGAGCGGACGGGAAGCCCUGUUCUCCACACCCUAUGGUCGUAUGUGCUUGAUUAG